AUGCCGGGCCUGGUCAUCAAGGCCAUGCAGCGAGUCCUGAACAGGGCGCUGUCCAAGAUCCUCCCCGCCGCACUCAUGGUGCGCCUGGUGCAGAAGAGCGUGAUCGGACUGGCCAGCCGCGCGGCCCUGGGCUUCCUCCUGGUGUACAGCCUGGCCCUCACGUCCCCCUGCCCGAUCUGCAAAGGCGCCGGCCAAGUGCGGUGGGAGGCCAAGUGGGCGCACGACAUCCCCUGCCCCAAGUGCCUGGACUCCCCCUUGCCGGCCUUCGACGCCGUGAGGCCCGAGGACGUGGUCCCCGGCAUCAGGGAGGUCCUGGCUCGCCAGCAUGCCGCCCUGGACGAGCUGGAGAAGGGGCUGCAGCCCACCUGGUCCGGCAUCGUGGACCCGCUGGAGCGCAUCGCGGACCGCAUGGCACGCGCCUGGGGUACUGUCUCUCACCUGAAGGCGAGAUGGUUGUUUGCGGCCGUCAAGGACAACCCGGCCCUGCGUGAGGCGGUGGAGGAGGUGCAGCCCGAGAAGGUCAAGCUUUCCCUCCGCCUGUCCCAGAGCCAGCCGCUGUACGCAGCCUUCAGGGCGCUCAAGGACGGCCCAGAAUGGGCCUCGCUGUCCGAGGCCCAGCGCCGUGCGGUGGACCUGGAGCUGCGCGACUUCGUGCUGGGCGGCGUGGCGCUGGAGGGCGAGGCGCGCGACCGCUUCAACGCCAUCCAGCAGGAGCUGAGCGCGCUGAGCACCAAGUUCAGCAACAACGUGCUGGACGCGACCAAGGCCUUCAAGCGCCUGAACCGCGCGCUGCGCGAGGAGCUGUACCGCGCCAACAUCACGCGUGCCUCGGCGGGCGCGCUGGACAACACCCCCGUCAUCGAGCGCACGCUGGAGCUGCGGCGGGAGAAGGCCGCGCUGCUGGGCUACGCCUCCUACGCCGAGCUGUCCAUGGCCAGCAAGAUGGCCACGCUGGGCGAGGCGCAGGCGCUGCUGGAGCAGCUGCGCGCCGCGGCGCGCCCCGCCGCCGAGGCCGACCUGCGCGACGUCCAGGCCUUUGCCGCCGGCCGCGGCUUCCAGGGCGACCUGGCGCACUGGGACGUCACCUUCUGGGCGGAGCGCCUGAAGGAGGACAAGUACAGCAUCAGCGACGAGGAGCUGAGGCCCUUCUUCGCCCUGCCCAAUGUCCUGGAGGGCCUGUUUAAACUGGCCAACCGCCUGUUUGGAGUGACCAUCGAAGCCGCUGACGGCCAGGCCCCCAUCUGGCACCCGGACGUCAGGUUCUUCGCGGUGAAGAAGGACGGCCAGCCCAAGGCCUACUUUUACCUGGACCCCUACUCCCGUCCCUCUGAGAAGAGGGGGGGUGCCUGGAUGGACGAGGUGUGCGGACAGUCACGCCUGUUCGCUCAGGAUGGCCAGUCGGUGCGCUUGCCGGUGGCGCACAUGGUGUGCAACCAGACGCCGCCGGUGGGGGACAAGCCCUCCCUCAUGACAUUCAGGGAGGUGGAGACCCUGUUCCACGAGUUUGGGCACGCUUCCCAGCACAUGCUGACUCAGCAGGAGGAGGGCCUCAUCGCCGGCAUCCGCGGAGUGGAGUGGGACGCCGUCGAGUUGCCGAGCCAAUUCAUGGAGAACUGGUGCUAUGACAGGCAAACCCUGGACGGGUUUGCGCGCCACUACGAGACCGGCGAGAAGCUGCCGGAGGACCUGUACCAGCGCCUGUUGGCCGCGCGGACCUACAGGUCUGGCAGCAUGACCCUGCGCCAGGUCCACUUCGCGCUGCUGGACCUCGACCUGCACACCAAUUUUGUCCCCGGGCAGGGCGAGUCCAUCUUCGACCGGGACCGCAAGGCGCAGGACCGCUUCCUGUGCGGGUUUUCCCACAUCUUUGCCGGUGGAUAUUCUGCAGGGUACUUCAGCUACAAGUGGGCAGAAGUGCUGUCUGCCGACGCCUUUGCCGCCUUUGAGGAUGCGGGCUUGGACGACGAGGCCGCCGUGAAGGAGACUGGACGCCGCUUCGCAAACACUGUGCUGGCCCUGGGAGGGGGCCGUGCUCCUCACCUCGUGUUUGAGGAUUUCCGCGGGAGGCAGCCCACGGUGGAUGCUCUGCUGAGGCACAACAACCUUGUCACUGCUGCUUAG